CACACACACACACACACACACUCAGACCAAAACCUCCCCCAGAUCUCGCGCCGCCCCUCCACAGCCCUUCAGGAGGAACUAAAGUGAGGUGGGCGCUCCACGCUGAGCUCAGUACCAUCACACACUGCAGCAGCACCACACACACUCUCUCACGCGCUCACUCACUCUCUCACACUCUCUCUCUCACACACACACACACCGCAGGAGGACUGAAACCCAGCGCGGCUCCCUCAUCAUCCUCAGCCCGCUGCCGAGAGAGGAGACGAUUAUGACGGACAGAGCAGGAGAGCAGCUGAGGAACCAGGCUGAACUCCUCCGCUCAAACUCUUCCCUCAGAUCACUCCAUCUCUCUGUGUGAGGACCCUGGCGAGAAGCUACUGAGGAAGAAGAAGCUCUCAGGACCUGAUGAUGGAUUAGCUGCUCUUCAGAAGUGAUAAACUCUAAUUAAACUCACCUCCAGCUCCUCACACCCAUCUCCUGUGGAUUGUACACCGACUUUUUUUUUGCGCUUUCUUUUAAUUCUGCUCGUUAUUUCCACUCAAGAUGUCCUCGGAGCAUUUGUUAAAGUCGCUGCUGAUGCUGUUUCUGGCGCUUUUCUCGGCCAACGCGAGCAACUGGCUGUACCUGGCUAAGCUGUCGUCUGUGGGUAGUAUAUCAGACGAAGAGACGUGCGAGAAACUGCGUGGGCUGAUCCAGAGGCAAGUGCAGAUAUGCAAACGCAACGUGGAGGUGAUGGACGCGGUACGUAGGGGGGCCCAGUUAGCCAUCGACGAGUGCCAGUACCAGUUCCGGAACCGGCGCUGGAACUGUUCCACACUGGAGACCGUCCCUGUCUUUGGCAAGGUGGUCACGCAAGGCACCAGGGAGGCUGCUUUUGUGUACGCAAUCUCUGCUGCAAGCGUGGCCUUCGCAGUGACCAGGGCCUGUAGCAGCGGGGAGCUGGAGAAGUGCGGCUGUGACCGCAACGUACACGGCGUUAGUCCAGAGGGCUUCCAGUGGUCAGGGUGCUCUGACAACAUUGCCUACGGAGUUGCCUUCUCCCAGUCAUUUGUGGACGUCAGGGAGAGAAGCAAAGGCCAGUCGUCCAACAGGGCCCUUAUGAAUCUCCAUAAUAACGAGGCAGGGAGGAAGGCGAUUCUGAACAACAUGCGAGUGGAGUGUAAAUGCCACGGGGUUUCCGGCUCCUGCGAGGUGAAGACCUGCUGGAAGGCCAUGCCACCGUUCCGCAAAGUAGGCAACGUCAUUAAGGAGAAAUUCGAUGGCGCCACGGAGGUAGAACAGCGCAAAAUAGGCACCACGAAAGUGUUGGUGCCGCGGAACUCGCAGUUCAAGCCGCACACGGACGAGGACCUGGUCUACCUGGACCCCAGCCCGGACUUCUGCGACCACGACCCCCGGACACCGGGCAUGCUGGGAACCGUAGGCCGCUACUGCAACAAAACUUCAAAGGCCAUCGACGGCUGCGAGCUGAUGUGCUGCGGCCGGGGGUUUAACACGGAGGAGGUGGAGGUGGUGGACAGGUGCAGCUGCAAAUUUCACUGGUGCUGUUACGUCAAGUGCAAACAAUGCCGCAAGAUGGUUGAAAUGCACACGUGCCGGUGAUCCACUUCCACCCUCCUUCAACUCCUCCCCUGCAGAGCUUUUCUCAGAACGACUCCCUCUUUCCCUACCACCUCCUUAAACCACCCUGGGAAACAAGAUGAAUGCGAGAAAGAACAGGGGAAGACAGACAUUCCCGAUCACUUCAUACAUUGUUAAAAGAACAUGUCAUACAUGGGACGUACGAGUCUAGGGGCAAAUAUAGAGUUGUUUUUUA